AAGCACGGUGACCGCAUUCCACACGACGGCCGUGGGAUUUUCGAGAUUAACAGUGCAAUUCGCAUUCCGUCUCGAGCAUCCCCUCCACGCCGCCUGAAUAUCGUCGCAUUCCAGCGUUGGUGCUGCUCGAGUUCGUCAGACCACACCGUCGCUCCCCGGGAGGACGGGAGUGGAGAGAAGACAAUACACCUCGGGAACUUUGGGAAAUAAAGAGAAACGAUGGCUAGAUUUCAAAUCGGUUGGUAUCGGUUUAUACCGUUCCUCGGAUACCAUCAUGUCUUGAUGAUACUAAUAGCAGUUUCAAUAAUAUUACUGUCACUCCUAUUAGCAGGUUGUUCGUCAUCCUCGCCGCUCAUACCCGACAUCUUCCUACUCUCCCUCUACUACGAGAAGUAUACGGCCGUGCCGGACACAGCACAAGUCGAUUACAAUGUCAACCAAGCCAUCAGCAACAUCGUCGGGACUGCCCAUCUGCAGGCCCGCGUCGGCUACUUUGGUAUUUGCAUCAACCCGGACGGCGGCGCCUGGCUAUGCAGCAACAACGCGACGGCGCUUGCCAACGAGGUUUCGGUCGAUCAGGACCCGCUGAACCUCAUCUGGCUGGCUAGCCAGUUCAAGGACAUGAUCGUGUUCCCCUACUUAAUCAUCAUCGCCAUUAUCUUCGCUUUUGUCUGUUUCUUGCUGCUGGCUACCUUCCCCGGCUGGCACGAGGAGGAGGACGAGGAUGGCUCGGACCGCGAGAUCAAACCAUUCCCUAGCCGACCCGUCUCCCAGGUCGCAUUGGCCAUCAUCUUCAUUGCGUCUAUUUUCGUUCUUGUGUCCGUGCUAUGGCAACAUACGGCAUCCGUAGCGGCGUCUGUUAUAGCGCAAGAUUUUGGCAACGGCAGCGUCUUAUCCGGAAUCGGCAGCAGCGCCAUGGCUAUGGGUUGGUUCAGUUUCACGCUGCUCAUCAUCGUCACGAUCGGUCUGCUGGUCAUGAUUCUAAGUAUCAGGGUGCUGUCGGCAUUAGCGGACUAAAACGGGGGAAUGAGGAAGGAUAAAACGGCACGGAAGUAUAUUUUCGGAAAAGGCACUACGGCGGCGUGUCUAUGUGUAUAUGGGAGGGGGAUUCGACCGCUACGGAACACGAGGAUAU